AUGGCACCAAACGGAGUACUAAACAGCCCUGAACCAGACGCCAGGUUGGAAACCCCGACAGGUGGAGUAGGAACAACAGCAGAUGAUGUGGCAGCAGCAGGUGUUACUGAGCUGGCAAGCAAUGCGCCAGAUGGCUGGGAGUUAGAAGGGAGAUGUAAUGUCGGAUGUACCCUUCGGGCAAUAGCUGCCCAUUUCGCGGUUUCCCUCCGGUCAGCUUCAAGUGUUGAUCCUCUUGAAGAACAGAAAAAGAUAGCAAGGGCACUCAGGUUCUCAGGGACACAGAAGGCUAGAAUUGUGAAAUCUUUUGAUCCCCAAACAGCCCUUUUGUUGAUUAUGGAGUUACAUGUUUUGAUAGGAAGAUCUGAUUUGGUGGAUUUAAAAGAUUUGCAGGAAAUGUUGGUUCGAUUAUGUAAAAAACAAAGUCAUUUGUUAUUCAACCUCUCUUCCACACAAAAGGGUAAAAUAAUGAGGUUUGGGAAUAUUGCUGGUGUAUUUAAAGUCAUGUCGAUUUCAAUUAGUGCCCUUGAAGAAGGGGAAGUUGACACCGCUUAUAUAACCAAACUUGCUAAGCUUGCCACUGCUGAGAUCAUUUCAUCAAAGAUAAGGAAUGAGGCACUUCGAGUUGCUUUCAUACAUGUUGAAGAGGUUCCAGGUGGUGAUGGAAAGAUCACAAAGUCAUUUUAUUCGAAGCUUGUGAAAGCUGAUAUCAAUGGAAAAGACCAGAUAUCAGUUACUUACUACAUGCAAAACCUCGAUUGUUCCUUUCUCAAGCGGGGAAAAGUCAAAGGUUUUAGAUUCCACCUAAAUCUUCAUGGAAUUGUAACGAUAGAAUCUGCUUCGGUUUUUGGUCUUGAAGCAGAUAUAUGGAGUGCUGGUGUGAUUCUUUACAUUCUUCUUUGUGGGGUCCCACCUUUUUGGGGAGAAUCUGAAAAUGAGAUCUUUGAAGAGGUUUUGAGGGGUAAACUCGACUUUUCCUCAGAUCCAUGA